GGCCCCGCCCCGACGGCGGAGCGUCGUCAGACGCAGGGCCGCGGGGGCUGCCGGGACUGGUCCAAGAUGGCCGGGCGCCUCGGUUCCGCACCUGCCAGUGGCCGCGAACCCCAUUCAUUGCCGCGCUGCUGAGCGGCGCCGCCAGCCGGCCCGAGGGCUCCGGUCGCUGUCCCCGCGGGGCGGGAGGUCGCCAUGGCGACCCUGGAGAAGCUGAUGAAGGCCUUCGAGUCCCUCAAGUCCUUCCAGCAGCAACAGCAGCAGCAGCAGCAGCCGCCGCCGCCUGCGCCGCCGCCACAGGCUCAGCCGCCCCCGCCGCAGCCGCAGCCGCCGCCCCCGCCGCCCCCGCCGCCGCCGCCCGGCCCGGCCGUGGCCGAGGAGCCGCUGCACCGUCCAAAGAAGGAGCUCUCGGCCACCAAGAAGGACCGGGUGAGCCACUGCCUGACCAUCUGCGAGAACAUAGUGGCGCAGUCGCUCAGAAAUUCUCCGGAAUUCCAGAAACUGCUGGGCAUCGCCAUGGAGCUGUUCCUGCUGUGCAGUGACGACGCAGAGUCUGAUGUGAGGAUGGUGGCUGACGAGUGCCUCAACAAGGUCAUCAAGGCGCUGAUGGACUCGAACCUCCCGAGGCUGCAGCUCGAGCUCUACAAGGAGAUCAAGAAGAACGGCGCUCCCCGGAGCCUGCGUGCUGCGCUGUGGCGGUUCGCCGAGCUGGCGCACCUGGUCCGGCCUCAGAAGUGCAGGCCUUACUUGGUAAACCUCCUGCCUUGCCUGACUCGGAUAAGCAAGAGACCCGAGGAGUCUGUUCAGGAGACCUUGGCUGCGGCGAUACCCAAAAUCAUGGCUUCGCUUGGCAAUUUUGCAAAUGACAAUGAAAUCAAGGUCCUGCUGAAGGCUUUCAUCGCCAACCUGAAGGCCCCCUCCCCCACCACGCGGCGGACGGCGGCGGGCUGCGUGGUGAGCGUGUGCCAGCACUCACGGAGGACGCAGUACUUCUACAGCUGGCUGCUCAGCGUGCUCCUGGGGCUGCUGGUUCCCGUCGAGGGCGCGCACCCCUCCCUGCUGGUCCUCGGAGCGCUGCUCACUCUGCGGUACUUGGUGCCCUUGCUGCAGCAGCAGGUCCAGGACACCAGCCUGAAAGGCAGCUUUGGGGUGACCCGGAAGGAAAUGGAAGUCUCCCCCUCGUCAGAGCAGCUGGUGCAGGUGUACGAGCUGACCCUGCACUACGCGCAGCACCCGGACCACAACGUGGUGACCGGGGCGCUGGAGCUCCUGCAGCAGCUGCUCCGGACACCGCCGCCCGCGCUGCUGCGCGCCCUGACCACGCCGGGCGGCCUGGCGCAGCUCAGCACGCCCAGCCCGGAGCCCGGCGGCCGCAGCCGCAGCGGGAGCAUCGUGGAGCUCAUCGCCGGAGGGGGGUCUUCAUGCAGCCCUGUCCUUUCCAGAAAACAAAGAGGGAAGGUGCUCCUCGGGGAAGCGGCGGCCUUGGAGGAGGACUCCGAGUCCCGGUCCGAGGGCAGCAGCCCGGCCUUCGCAGCCUCAGGCAAAGGCGAGAUCUCUGGGGAGCUGGCUGCCUCCUCCGGGGUCUCCACCCCAGGCUCCGUCAGCUCCGCGGCCGACUCCACGGGCCACGACAUCAUCACAGAGCAACCCCGGGCCCAGCACACGCUCCAGCCGGACUCGGUGGACCUGGCCGGCGCCACCGACGGGGACGAGGAGGAUAUCUUAAGCCGCAGCUCCAGCCAGGUCAGCGCCGGCCCGUCCGACCCGGCCCUGGACCUGAACGAGGGCACCCAGGCCUCCUCCCCGCUCAGCGACAGCUCGCAGACCACCACCGAGGGGCCCGACUCCGCCGUGACCCCUUCCGACAGCUCCGAAAUCGUGUUAGAUGCCGACAGCCAGGAUGCGGGGAUGCAGCUCAGGGCACCGCCGGAGGAGGAGGAGGAGGAGUGCGAGGAGGAGGAGGAGCCCGGGGGCCUUCCCGAGGACGCCGCCGCCCUCACAGCCGCGUCCGCAGCCCUGCAGCAGGCACACUUACUGAGAGGCGUGGGCCACCGCCGGCAGCGCUCGGACGGCGGCGUGGACCGGGCCGUGGACCGGAACGUGGACCGGAACGUGGACCGGGCCGUGUCCAGAGAGGACGCUGCCGACCCAGGCGAUCAGGACAAGACAAGCCGGGGUCUGUUCCAGCCCUGCCGCCUCAGGGGCGACAUCGGCCGGCCCGACGACGGAGACUCCGCGCCCCUCACCCACUGCAUCCGCCUCCUGGCCGCCUCUUUCCUGCUGAAAGGGGAGAGGCACGCGCUGGUCCCGGACAGGGACGUGCGGGUGAGCGUGAAGGCGCUGGCGCUCAGCUGCGUGGGCGCCGCGGUGGCCCUGUACCCGGAGGCCUUCUUCAGCAAGCUGUACCGAGCCCCCCCGGACGCCGCGGAGCACCCCGAGGAGCAGUACGUCUCGGACGUCCUCGGCUACAUCGACCACGGAGACCCGCAGGUGCGCGGGGCCACGGCCAUCCUCUGCGGCGCGCUCGUCUGCUCCAUCCUCGGCAGGUCCCGCUUCCAGGCGGGGGACUGGCUGGGCUCCGUCCGAGCGCUCACAGGAAACACGUUUUCUCUGGUGGACUGCGUUCCUCUGCUGCAGAAAACGCUGAAGGAUGAGUCGUCCGUCACUUGCAAGUUGGCGUGUGCAGCUGUGCGGCACUGCGUCAUGAGCCUCUGCAACAGCAGCUACAGCGACCUGGGGCUGCAGCUGCUCACCGACGUGCUGAGCCUGCGGAGCAGCUCCUACUGGCUGGUGCGGACGGAGCUGCUGGAGACGCUCGCAGAGACGGACUUCAGGUUGGUGAGCUUUCUGGAAGCCAAAGCAGAACACCUUCACAGAGGGGCUCACCAUUACACCGGGCUGCUGAGGCUGCAGGAGCGGGUGCUCAACAGCGUGGUCCUCUGCCUGCUGGGGGACGAGGACCCCCGGGUGCGGCGCGUCGCCGCCACGUCGCUCGUGAGGCUUGUCCCCAAGCUGUUCUACAAGUGCGACCAGGGGCAGGCGGACCCCGUCGUGGCCGUGGCCAGAGACCAGAGCAGCGUCUACCUGAAGCUCCUCAUGCAUGAGGCGCCGCCUGCCUCCCACUUCUCCGUCAGCACCAUAACCAGAAUAUAUAGAGGCUAUAACUUACUGCCAAGCAUCACAGACGUCACCAUGGAGAACAACCUGUCCCGGGUCAUUGCGGCCGUGUCGCACCAGCUGGUCACUGCCACCACACGCGCGCUCACGUUCGGGUGCUGUGAAGCUCUGUGUCUCCUUUCGACCGCCUUCCCUGUCUGCACCUGGAGCCUCGGUUGGCAUUGUGGGGUGCCCCCGCUGAGCGCCUCGGACGAGUCCAGGAAGAGCUGCACCGUCGGGAUGGCCCCGGCGAUCCUGGCGCUGCUCUCGUCGGCGUGGUUCCCGCUGGACCUCGCCGCCCAUCAGGAUGCCUUGGUCUUGGCCGGGAACUUGCUCGCAGCCAGUGCCCCCCGGUCUCUGAGGAGCUCCUGGGCUGCCGAGGACGAGGCCAGCCCGGCCGCCGCCAAGCAAGAGGAGGCGUGGCCCGCGCUGGGGGACCGGAGCCUGGUGCCCAUGGUGGAGCAGCUCUUCUCCCACCUGCUGAAGGUGGUCAACAUCUGCGCCCACGUGCUGGACGAGGUGGCGCCUGGGCCCGCGGGGAAGGCAGCCCUGCCAUCCCUCACCAGCGCCCCUUCUCUCAGUCCCAUUCGGCGGAAAGGCAAGGAGAAGGAGCCGGCCGAGCAGGCGUCCGUGCCUCUGAGCCCCAAGAAAGGCAGCGACGCCAGCCCAGCCUCCCGACAGGCAGAUGCUGCAGGGCCCGUCACGACCAAUAAACCCUCGUCGCUGGGGAGCUUCUACCACCUUCCCUCCUACCUCCGGCUGCACGACGUCCUGAAGGCCACGCACGCCAACUACAAGGUCACCUUGGACCUCCAGAACAGCACGGAGAAGUUCGGGGGCUUUCUGCGCUCGGCCUUGGACGUGCUCUCGCAGAUCCUGGAGCUGGCCACGCUGCAGGACAUCGGGAAGUGUGUGGAGGAGAUCCUGGGCUACUUGAGGUCCUGCUUCAGCCGGGAGCCCACGAUGGCCACGGUCUGCGUCCAGCAGCUGCUGAAGACUCUCUUUGGGACAAACCUGGCCGCCCAGUGCGAUGGCUUGUCCUCCAACCCCAGCAAGUGCCAGGGCCGAGCCCAGCGCCUCGGCUCGUCCAGCCUGAGGCCCGGCCUGUACCACUGCUGCUUCAUGGCUCCCUACACUCACUUCACUCAGGCCCUGGCCGACGCCAGCCUGCGCAACGCCGUGCAGGCCGAGCCGGACCUCGCCGCCUCAGGGUGGUUCGACGUGCUGCAGAAGGUGUCCACCCAGUUGAAGACAAACCUCUCGAGCGUCACAAAGACCCGGGCAGACAAGAACGCCAUUCACAGCCACAUCCGGCUGUUCGAGCCUCUGGUCAUCAAGGCGCUGAAGCAGUACACGACCACCACGUCCGUGCAGCUGCAGAGGCAGGUCCUGGACUUGCUGGCGCAGCUGGUCCAGCUGCGGGUCAACUACUGCCUUCUGGAUUCAGACCAGGUGUUCAUUGGGUUCGUGCUGAAGCAGUUUGAGUACAUCGAAGUGGGCCAGUUCAGGGACUCGGAGGCGAUCAUUCCCAACAUCUUCUUCUUCCUGGUGCUCCUGUCGUACGAGCGCUACCACUCAAAGCAGAUCAUCGGGAUCCCCAAGAUCAUCCAGCUGUGCGACGGCAUCAUGGCGAGCGGCCGCAAGGCCGUGACCCACGCCAUCCCGGCACUCCAGCCCAUCGUCCACGACCUCUUCGUCCUGAGAGGGGCCAAUAAGGCUGACGCGGGGAAGGAGCUGGAGACUCAGAAGGAGGUGGUGGUGUCCAUGCUCCUGAGGCUCAUCCAGUACCAUCAGGUGCUGGAGAUGCUGAUCCUGGUCCUGCAGCAGUGCCACAAGGAGAGCGAGGACCGGUGGAAGCGGCUGUCGCGGCAGGUGGCCGACAUCCUGCUCCCGAUGCUCGCCAAGCAGCAGAUGCACAUCGAUUCGCACGAAGCCCUCGGCGUGUUAAACACGCUGUUUGAGAUCCUGGCCCCGUCCUCGCUGCGGCCCGUGGACAUGCUUCUGCGGAGCAUGUUCGUCACCCCGGACACCAUGGCGUCGGUGAGCACCGUCCAGCUCUGGGUCUCGGGAAUCCUGGCCAUCUUGCGGGUCCUCAUCUCCCAGUCGACCGAAGACAUCGUCCUCUCCCGCAUCCAAGAGCUGGCCUUCUCCCCGCACCUGCUCUCCUGUCCCGUCAUCGCGAGGCUCCGGGACGGGGACCGGGACUCGGCACCCGCGGCACACGGUGCGGGCAGACAGGUGAAGACGCUGCCGGAAGAGACAUUCGCUAGGUUUCUCCUGCAGCUGGUGGGCAUCCUCCUGGAGGACAUCGUCACCAAGCAGCUCCGGGUGGACAUGAGCGAGCAGCAGCACACCUUCUACUGCCAGGAGCUGGGCACACUGCUCAUGUGCCUGAUCCACAUCUUCAAGUCUGGAAUGUUCCGGAGAAUCACAACAGCCGCCUCCAGGCUCUUCACGGCCGACGGCGCGGACGGCAGCUUCUACAGCCUGGAGAGCCUGAACGCGCAUGUGCGCUCCAUGGUCCCCACCCACCCGGCCCUCGUGCUGCUCUGGUGCCAGAUCCUGCUGCUCGUCAGCCACACGGACUACGGCUGGUGGGCCGAGGUGCAGCAGACCCCCAGACGGCGCAGUCUGUCCACCACGAAGUCACUCAGUCCCCAGGUGCCAGGAGAGGAGGACUCCCAGCCGGCGUCCCAGCUGGGGAUGUGCAACAGAGAAAUCGUCCGGCGAGGCGCGCUCAUCCUCUUCUGUGAUUACGUUUGCCAGAACCUGCACGACUCCGAGCACCUGACCUGGCUCGUCGUGAACCACGUCCAGGACCUGAUCAGCCUGUCGCACGAGCCGCCCGUGCAGGACUUCGUCAGCGCCGUGCACCGCAGCGCCGCCGCCAGCGGCCUCUUCCUGCAGGCCAUCCAGUCCCGCGGCGAGAACCUCUCGGCCCCCACCACUCUGAGGAAGACCCUGCAGUGCCUGGAGGGCAUCCACCUGAGCCAGUCGGGGGCCGUGCUGACGCUGUACGUGGACAAGCUGCUGUGCACCCCGUUCCGCGUGCUGGCUCGCAUGGUCGACACCCUCGCGUGUCGCCGCGUGGAGAUGCUGCUGGCUGCAAACUUACAGAGCAGCGUGGCGCAGCUGCCGGUGGAAGAGCUGAUCCGGAUCCAGGAGCACCUUCAGAGCCGUGGGCUCGCACACAGACACCAAAGGCUCUACUCCCUGCUGGACCGGCUGCGCCUUGCCACCGCCCCGGGCUCCCGAGGCCCCUGUCCUCCGGCCACAUCCCACCCGCUUGAUGGGGUGGGGUCCCUGGCGCUCGAGACAGUGAUCCCAGACAAGGACUGGUACGUGCGCCUGGUCAAGUCCCAGUGCUGGACGAGGUCUGACUCGGCGCUGCUGGAAGGGGCGGAGCUGGUGAAUGGGCUCCCACCAGGUGACAUGAGCGCGUUCCUGCGGCAUCCGGAGUUCAACGUCAGCCUGCUAGCCCCGUGCCUGGGCCUGGGCGUGCAGGAAAUUGCCGGAGGCCGGAAGAGCGCCCUCUUUGAAGCCGCGCGCGAGGCAACGCUGGACCGGGUGGCCAGCGCGGUGCAGCCGCUGCCCGCCGCCCACCAGGUGUUCCCGCCCUCCCUGCCCGCGGAGCCCACCUCUUACUGGAGCCAGUUGAGCAAUCUGUUUGGGGAUGCCGGGGUGUACGGCUCCCUGACCACGCUGGCCCGCGCCCUGGCCCAGUACCUGCUGCUGUUCCCCAAGCUGCCCGGCCACCUGCACCUUCCCCCGGAGAAGGAGAGGGACACCGUGAAGUUUGUGGUCAUGACCCUGGAGGCGCUGGCCUGGCACCUGAUCCACGAGCAGAUCCCGCUGAGUGUGGACCUGCAGGCGGGCCUGGACUGCUGCUGCCUGGCCCUGCAGCUGCCCGGCCUGCGGCGCCUGCUGGCCUCCCCCGAGAUGGUGACCCGCGCCUGCUCCCUCGUCCACUGCGUCCGCCUCAUCCUGGAAGCCAUUGUGGUGCAGCCCGGGGACCAGCUUCUCAGCCUGGAAAGGAGGACAGACUCCGGGAAGGCCGCCCGGGCGGAUGGCGGGCUCUCACUCACACAGAGCCCCGAGUGCGUCCCAGCGGCCUGCAGGGCGGUGGCCGAGCUGGUGGAGGCCCUGCCGUCUGUGCUGGCCUUGGGGCAUGAGCGGAGCAGCAGCACGCCCGCCUUCCUCACGCCGGUGCUCCGGAGCAUCGUGGUCAGCCUGGCCCGCCUGCCCCUCGUCAACAGCUACACGCGCAUCCCCCCGCUGGUCUGGAAGCUCGGGUGGUCGCCCACGCCGGGAGGGGAUUUCGGCACAGCCUUCCCCGAGAUCCCUGUGGAGUUCCUCCAGGAGAAGGAAGUCUUCAAAGAGUUCAUCUACCGCAUCAACACGCUGGGGUGGACCAGCCGCACGCAGUUCGAGGAAACGUGGGCCACCCUCCUGGGCGUCCUGGUGACCCAGCCCCUCGUGCUGGAGCAGGAGGAGAGCCCCCCGGAGGAAGACACGGAGAGGACCCAGAUCCACGUCCUGGCCGUGCAGGCCAUCACCUCCCUCGUGCUGAGCGCGAUGACCGUGCCCGUGGCCGGCAACCCCGCCGUGAGCUGCUUGGAGCAGCAGCCCCGGAACAAGCCCCUGAAAGCGCUCGACACCAGGUUUGGGCGGAAGCUGAGCGUGAUCCGAGGAAUUGUAGAGCAAGAAAUCCAAGCAAUGGUGUCGAAGAGGGAGAACAUCGCCACCCAUCACCUGUACCAGGCGUGGGACCCUGUCCCCUCUCUGUCUCCAGCCGCCACAGGUGCCCUCAUCAGCCACGACAAGCUGCUGCUGCAGACCAACCCUGAGCGGGAGCUGGGCAGCAUGGGCUACCAGCUGGGCCAGGUGUCCAUCCACUCGGUGUGGCUGGGGAGCAGCAUCACGCCCCUGAGGGAGGAGGAGUGGGACGAGGAGGAGGAGGAGCCCGACGUCCCCGCGCCCUCAUCGCCGCCCACGUCGCCCGUCAGCUCCAGGAAGCACCGGGCCGGCGUGGACAUCCACUCCUGCUCCCAGUUCCUGCUGGAGCUGUACAGCCGCUGGCUCCUGCCGUCCAGUUCCGGCCGGAGGACCCCCGUCAUCCUCAUCAGCGAAGUGGUGCGAUCUCUCCUCGUGGUGUCCGACCUGUUCACGGAGCGCAGCCAGUUUGAGAUGAUGUACCAGACGCUGACCGAGCUGCGCAGGGCGCACCCUCCGGAGGACGAGAUCCUGCUGCAGUACCUGGUGCCCGCCACCUGCAAGGCGGCCGCCGUCCUCGGCAUGGACAAGGCCGUGGCGGAGCCGGUGAGCCGGCUGCUGGAGAGCACGCUCAGGAGCAGCCACCUGCCCAGCAGGAUCGGGGCCCUGCACGGCGCCCUCUACGUGCUCGAGUGCGACCUGCUGGACGACACGGCCAAGCAGCUCAUCCCCGUCAUCAGCGACUACCUCCUCUCCAACCUCCGCAGCAGCGCCCACUGCGUGAACCUGCACAGCCAGCAGCACGUGCUGGUGAUGUGUGCCACCGCCUUCUACCUGGUGGAGAACUACCCUCUGGACGUGGGCCCGGACUUCUCCGCGUCCAUCAUACAGAUGUGCGGGGUGAUGCUGUCGGGAAGCGAGGAGGCCACGCCGGCCACCGUGUACCACUGCGUCCUGCGCGGCCUGGAGCGCCUCCUGCUGUCCGAGCAGCUGUCGCGGCUGGACGCCGAGUCCCUCGUCAAGCUCAGCGUGGACAGGGUGAACGUGCACAGCCCGCACCGGGCCAUGGCGGCCCUGGGCCUGAUGCUCACCUGCAUGUACACAGGGAAGGAGAAAGCCAGUCCCGGCAGAACCUCCGAGCCCGGCCCUGCCACGCCCGACAGCGAGUCUGUGAUCGUGGCCAUGGAGCGCGUGUCAGUUCUUUUCGACAGGAUCAGGAAGGGCUUUCCCUGUGAAGCCCGCGUGGUGGCGCGGAUCCUCCCUCAGUUUUUAGACGACUUCUUCCCUCCGCAAGACGUCAUGAACAAAGUCAUCGGGGAGUUCCUGUCCAACCAGCAGCCCUACCCGCAGUUCAUGGCCACCGUGGUGUACAAGGUUUUCCAGACCCUGCACAGCACGGGGCAGUCAUCCAUGGUCCGGGACUGGGUCAUGCUGUCCCUCUCCAACUUCACGCAGAGGACCCCCGUGGCCAUGGCCGUGUGGAGCCUGUCCUGCUUCUUCGUCAGCGCGUCCACCAGCCCGUGGGUCUCGGCCAUCCUGCCCCACGUCAUCAGCAGGAUGGGCAAGCUGGAGCAUGUGGACGUGAGCCUCUUCUGCCUGGUGGCCGCCGACUUCUACCGACACCAGGUGGAGGAGGAGCUGGACCGCCGGGCCUUCCAGUCCGUGUUCGAGGUGGUGGCGGAGCCAGGAAACCCCUACCAGCGGCUGCUGGCUUGUUUGCGGAACGUUCACAAGCUCACCGCGAGCUGAGCGCGGUGCGGCGGGUUCGGCGGGCUGUGCCCAGGAGGCGCUGGGCCGGUGCGGGCGGAGCCUGCGCCCUGGCGGAGAGGCGUGGCCGCGUGGCCGGCCUGCAUGGAGCCGAUUGUGCCGGAUCGGGUGUGCACCUUCCUCCGCGGCCGGGCGGCCGGGCGGCCGUUGCUCACGUCUGACGGCCGGCCGGCGGCACGGGCCGGGGCUGGGCUGCGUCCUGCUCCCGGCGGGCGUGGGCGGUGGGCGGCGGAGCACGCGGGCCGGCACCACGCUUCCCUUUCUCAUUUUCUUCUCAGGACCUAAAGUUUAAUCUAUCAGUAAAGAGAUUAAUUUUAA